UCCAGUGUUUUCAGCGUCCAGACGAAAAAUCAAGUGCCUGCACUUCUUGGACUGCGAUACAUAUGAAGACUGGAUAAAAGGCUCCCAAGGCCAUCUAAUUCUAUCUCCUUCUUAUGAAAUAGAAGGUAAUCAAUCACAAAUUAGCAAUAAUAGAACUGUGCAUAAUCUGGGUGAGAUGUCUGCAAAUUCAGAAUAUUUGCCAUUUCCAUGUCCUGAAUGCAGCAUGUCAUUUAAAUGUAAAGAUCAUCUUGAGACUCAUCUGAUACUUCACAUAGGAAAGAAGCAAUUUUCAUGUUCUGAAUGUGAGAAAUGUUUUAGUAAAAAAUCAAGUCUUGUGCAACAUCAGAGAAUUCACACAGGAGAGAAGCCAUUUUUAUGUUCUGAAUGUGAGAAGUGUUUUAGUGAUAAAUCAAAUCUUGUGCAACAUCAGAGAAUUCACACAGGAGAGAAGGGAUUUUCAUGUCCCGAAUGUGAGAAGUGUUUUAGUAAGAAAUCAAAUCUUGAGAUACAUCAGAGAAUUCACACCGGGGUUAAGCCAUUUCCAUGUCCGGAAUGUGGGAAAUAUUUUAAUGAGAAAUCAAAUCUUGUGAAACAUCAGAGAAUUCACACAGGAGAGAAGCCAUUUUCAUGUCUGGAAUGUGGGAAAUGUUUUAGGAAUAAAUCAAGUCUUGUGCAACAUCAGAGAAUUCACACAGGAGAGAAGCCAUUUUCAUGUCCGGAAUGUGGGAAAUGUUUUAGGAAUAAAUCAAGUCUUGUGCAACAUCAGAGAAUUCACACCGGAGAGAAGCCAUUUCCAUGCCCUGAAUGCAGCAUGUCAUUUAAAUGUAAAGAUCAUCUUGAGACUCAUCUGAAACUUCACAUAGGAAAGAAGCCAUUUUCAUGUUCUGAAUGUGAGAAAUGUUUUAGUAAAAAAUCAAAUCUUGUGCAACAUCAAAGAAUUCACACAGGAGAGAAGCCAUUUUCAUGUUCUGAAUGUGGGAAGUGUUUUAGUGAUAAAUCAAAUUUUGUGCAACAUCAGAGAAUUCACACAGGAGAGAAGGGAUUUUCAUGUCCCGAAUGUGAGAAGUGUUUUAGUAAGAAAUCAGUUCUUGAGGUACAUCAGAGAAUUCACACCGGGGUUAAGCCAUUUCCAUGUCCCGAAUGUGGGAAGUGUUUUAGUAAGAAAUCAAUUCUUGGGGUACAUCAGAGAAUUCACACUGGGGUUAAGCCAUUUCCAUGUCCUGAAUGUGAGAAAUGUUUUAAUCAGAAAUCACAUUUUGAUAUACAUCAGAGAAUUCACACAGGAGAGAAGCCAUUUCCAUGUCCUGAAUGCAGCAUGUCAUUUAAACGUAAAGAUCAUCUUGAGACUCAUCUGACACUUCACAUAGGAAAGAAGCCAUUUUCAUGUCCCGAAUGUAAGAAGUGUUUUAGUAAGAAAUCAACUCUUGUUCGACAUCAGAGAAUUCACACAGGAGAGAAGCCAUUUUCAUGCACUGAAUGUGGGAAGUGUUUAACUGAAAAAUCAAGUUUUGUGAGACACCAGAGAAGUCACAUAGAAGAGAAACCUAUUUAAUAUACAGAAUGUGGGAAAUGUUUUGGCUGUAAAUUAAAGAGGUUGUCCAGGCUUUUAACUCCUUCACGCAUUAUGACAUAACUGUAUGUCUAAAUGCCUGACAGGAUAUAUAGAGUGGGCCUCUGCAGCGGUGAACGCCAUACAUACCACAAAAAUGGUACCAAUACAAAAUAUAGUUAGUUGCGCAAAAAACAAGCCCUCAUACAGCUCUUUAGACUGAAAUAUAAAAAAAUGAUAUGGUAAUGCAAAGAAAGUUUAGUUUUUUUCAAAUGUUUUUAUGUUUUUUAAAGUAGUAAAAAAAAAAAAUUAAAUAACAAGUUUGGUAUCGCCGCAUUUGUAUGGAGCCACAGAUUAAGGA